AUGUGGGUCACCCAUGAAACACCGAUAAAAACUAGCACUGUGUUUGAGUUUGUGUGUGAGAGAGAAAGAGAUGAGAAUGAUCAAUGGGAGAAAGAAAUGGAGUUAGGGUUUUUGAAGAAGAAAGGAAUGGGGGAUGAAGAAGGAAGAAAGAGAUGGAUUCUUGGGACUGGAGGGGCUAUGGGGCUACUUCGAUGGUUCGAGAAAGCUGAGUCAGUGUUCGCUAUGUGUAACUGUCCCGAGGGGGACCGGGUGAAGUAUGCUACAGGCACAUUGGAGGAUGACGCCUUAACCUGGUGGAAUGCCAAAGUGCAGAUAUUGGGCAUCGAGAUGAUUAUCCGUUUAGCACACAAGAUUACUGACCAGGAGGUCGAGCGUGGAUCGCUACCGCCUCGUAUUUCUGCUACUACCCCUGCUGCUACAGCUACCACACCUGCUAAUGAUAACAAGCGUAAAUGGAAUGAUGCUGACAAAGCAACCAGUGCAAGUCAAUCUCAGAAGAGGCCUGACAACAAUAAUAACCCUAGUUUCAGUCAGUCGUCCUCAGUUAACCAAGGCAAGGGUAGCAAUCAGAGUCAAGGCUCCUAUGUUGGUAGGAAGCCAAAAUGCAACAAGUGUGGGUAUCAUCAUCAUGGACCGUGUGUCCAAGCUUACCACCAGUGUGAUAAGUGUGGGGAUGAGGGUCAUAUUAAACGGGAUUGCCCUCAGCUAAAUCAAAAUGCCAACGAUAACAACAACCGUCAGAACAACAACAACAAUGCUGGGAACAACAACAAUGGCAACAAUGGGGGCAAUGGUGCUCGUGGAAGAGUGUUUACGAUUGGUGCUGGUGAUGCUAGGAACGACGGUAAUGUCGUGACUGGUACGUUUACUGUGAACAACCUCUUUGCUUCUGUGUUAUUUGACUCCGGUGCCGAUUUGAGUUAUGUGUCCCUAGAGUUCAGUCAACGAUUAGGGUUAACUCCCACACCUUUAGAAGCUAAGCAUGCAGUGGAAUUAGCUGACGGUAAGACAAUUGAAGCCUCACACGUCUUUGUGGGAUGUAGACUAGACCUUGUGAGUCAAGUGUUUGAUAUUGAUCUCCUUCCUGUUACUCUCGGUAGUUUUGAUGUAGUGGUUGGUAUGGAUUGGUUGUCAAAGCAUCAAGCUGAGAUUCUAUGUAAAGAGAAAAUCGUACGUAUUCCGCUCCCCAGUGGAGAAUUUCUAUCGGUCCAGGGGCAUCCCAGUGGUGCGAUGUUGGGUAUCAUCUUGGCUAUGCAAGCGCAUAAGUGUCUAUGA